AUGAGUGAAGAGGAGCUUGCUCAAGCUGCCCCUUCGGUGCCUGAUGUUUCCAGGAUGAGUGAUGAGGAAUUGUGGAGACGUUKCCCUUUUUCUCCUUGUAGAGAGGCUGACAAGMAUAGUGAAUGGAUGAAAAAGCAUAGGCAUAGYGACGAUGAGGAACGGAAUUUUGGAGGACCGUUUAAGGUUCAUCGUGUGUCUGUCCCAACAAACAACCGCUUCGAUAACGGUGCAUGUUAUCAGAUCACCUAUGCAGCUCCGCAAUCCUGGCUUGAAGAACUGGAUAUAAAGGACUCCCCAAUGACGUGGUAUGAAACUCCUUCGUUUGUUGUCUUGGCACCAGAAUGCACAAAAACUAGCGCGGAUCCGCUUGGAAUGGAAGAUGGCGGGAUACUAAAACAAGAACUAACGGUUUCUUCCAAGAAAGACAAAUAUUUUGGUCCUAACAAUGCUAGACUAAACCUUAUGCCAAGUCCACCACAAGGCGGUGCCUGGGCUGCCCAAACAGCAAAUCAAAACCAGUUUCUUAAAGUUGAUUUCGGUCGAAAUGUGAAAGUCUCAGCAAUUGCUACACAGGGGAGACAAGAUCAGGACAGAUGGGUCAAGAAAUACAAGUUGUCCUACUUUGAGGAAGGAACUGAGUCCAACGCAUACAAAACCUACCAAGAGGAAGAUUCCGACAAGGUCUUUGAAGGAAACAACGACCGCAACACCGUACAAAAGCACAACAUUGGACCAUUUACAGCGAGAUAUGUGCAAAUAAAUCCGACAGAAUGGAAUAAUAACAUAGAGAUGAGGGUUGAGUUUUAUGGAUGUGUUCUUUCAGAYCGCUACAAAGUAACUGGUCGAGACGUUCACAUGCAUUUUGUUAGAGAGUACCUCGAAAAGAAAAAAGAAGUUAACUUUGAAGAUUCACAAGAACGCCCUAAUAAUAUUGUGGUUGAGAUUUAA